GCUAAUUACAAGCCUAAUUAGAAGUUUGUUUUGUUUAUCGCUAGCUAGCAAACUGUGAGUUUGUUUGUUCGUUAGUGCGUGAUAUAAUUAUACAUUUCCUAGCAAUCUAUUAUAGCUACAGCCAUGAUGAGUGAUAAACCUACAGAUCUAGACAAGCGGCUAGCCUCGCGCCGAUAUUCCGAUGAAGAUGCCGACAAGUCCACCUCAACCAUACGCGCUCUCACGCCAUGUCAUGACCUGAGCGUAGAGGCUCACAUCACGAAGGAUGCUACCACUCCAGUCUUAUUAGAGUUCCUACCACCGUUGCCACCCUCUCCCAGUAUUAUAGGACCACCCUCCCCCAUACUAACCAACUAUGAGUUCUCUAGAAAGAAGAGCAGUUCUUGCAAGCUAACGUACACAAGUCAGAAGAAACAAGAGAAGAAGAAUAUCGGGACAGUGAUUGGUGAUUAUGUUGGUGUCUAUAAAGAAGAGCUCACACUUAGAAUGGGUGAAAAGAUUGAGAUUAUUUCCAAGGAUACGCAGAUAUCUCGAAACAUUGGCUGGUGGACGGGUAGAAACAAUAAAGGACAGAUUGGCAUCUUCCCAGCAGCUUGUGUGUGUACAGAGACGUUACCUAGCAACGUAUUGGAGCCAACCAAGAACACAGAGUACUCGCUGGAAAUACACAGUAGCGAGGUUGAACUGAAGGAAGUGAUUGGCGUCGGUGGGUUUGGUAAAGUGUUUCGAGGGAUCUACCUCGGGGAGGACGUGGCUGUCAAGGUGGCCAAGACCACUACCUUUGAUUCGCUCAAAGCUGUCCAAGACGUCAUCUCCGAGGCUGAGAAGUUUGCCCACCUAGCUCACAAGAAUGUGUGUGCCCUGAUCGGAGUUGUGCUCGUCAAGGAUGUUUGUCUUGUGAUGGAGCUGGCCAAGGGAGGAGCGUUGUCGGAGGUUAUACACAAAAGGGGCGUGUCUCUCCCGGUGGGGGUGAUCCUGGACUGGGCGGGACAGAUUGGAUCAGCGCUGACCUAUCUUCACCACGAGGCCCGACCAUCGCUCAUUCAUAGAGAUAUCAAAUCAAGCAAUAUACUGCUGACUCACGAGGUGGAUCCUCACAGACCAAACCGUAAGAAUGUUAUUAAGAUCACUGACUUUGGACUGGCCCGAGUGAUAGAGCACACAACGCACAUGAGUGGAGCCGGCACUUAUCCAUGGAUGGCACCAGAGGUCAUUACAAAGAGUGAUUUUUCCAAGAAAUCUGAUGUCUGGAGUUAUGGAGUGGUGCUCUGGGAGCUCUUGACUGGGCAGAGGCCCUAUGCUGGUCUUAACCUGUUUGUGGUAGCUUAUGGUGUUGGUCAUGGCAACCUCUCUCUGCCCAUACCUGAUGGCUGCCCCAGUCCAUUUGUCAGUCUCAUGAAGAUGUGCUGGCAAAGGAACCACAAAGACCGUCCCUCAUUCCAGCAGAUCAUGGUGGCUCUACAGCAGUUGGAGAGCAGUCAGUUCUUCAGGGGUACCUCUCACCAGGAGUUCCGGUCCAUGCAGUCUAGCUGGAGGGAAGAGAUACUGGCCCAGUUCCUAGAGCAGAAGAAACUAGAGAAGGAACUACAAGAUAAAGAGAAUCUUCUCAAGAACAAGGAGCUGCUACUACACAAGCAAGAGUUGGUACUAGCACAGCAGCUGCAACAGCAGGACAAGGCCAAAGAGGAGCUCGACAAACAGAGGGACGAAAUGCAAAGAGAGAGACAAAUUCUACGAGAGCAAUACCAACGUUGUGAGCAGUUAGUCAAGCAACUCAGUGUUCCUCUGCCACCAGACGAGGAGCCAGACUCCCCCGCACAUCAACCCACCUUUCCACCUCGACUGCACAAAUUCUCGAUCACACGACUUUUCAAGAACUUGAGAGGAGUUGGGCGUGUUCAAUCUAGCGAAGGACCUCUCCCUAACAAACUGGAGGCCCCCGGACACCCGUACCCAAACAGAGCUACUAGGCGCCUCAACAGCUCACCUGGUCAAAGCAGCGGGUUCAAGAGGUCAUCACUCACAAUGUCUCUCAGCCGAUUGGACGGAAAGAGAACCCCAUCACCUGACAAGAGGAAGUCCCUACCCGAUGUACAGAGGGGGCACAAGAGGCACGGCUCUGACGGCCUUAAAUAUGGAGCGUCUCUAGGUGUGAACCCUGGCUAUGAACCUGCUAGUGCUGAGCUCCCUCGUAGGAGCUCCAUCCCCUCGGCCCCUCACUGUCACACACCACCCAUACCACCAUUACAUCCCAGACAUCACAUAUCCCCCCCUCCGCUACUCAAGGAGCAAGGAGGGCCUCUCCCCAACAAGCCCUUCCAUCUAGGCCUCUCACAGACCAAGAAGAAGCGCUCCACCACAGACAGUAACCCCAGCAGCCCAACCUGCAGUGUCACCAUCACUCCGGCUGACGAAGGACCCAAAAAACUGUCCUUUGACUCUGGAAACAACAGUAUGACUGGAUCUGAUGCUUCAGGACAUUCUGCGCAAAGUGAGAUCUACUCCGGCUCUCCAAUGAUCAAUCUGGACUCUCCCAUCGCUGCACCUCCCAAGGACGUGUUUCAGCUUGCAGAGUUUGACCCUCUCAUUCAUCAAAGUGUAUCACAUGACUCGCUCUUAUUUGACCCGUACCCCCCACAGUCGUCAGGUGACAGUGGGCCACGCCUCCUACCAGCUUCCCCUGCCCCCAUACCAUCACAGAAUAUUGUACAACGUCAGCAAUCUCAGACCACCACUGUCUCCACUUCCCCUCGUUCCGAUCAAAGCUCCCCACGCAACUCUCUUGAUACAAUAGCCCCGCCCACAAGCAUUUCCCGUCCUCGUCCGAGGGGGCGGAGUGACCCCGUUGACCCCAAUUUCCCCACAAGUGCCCCCUCAUCUCGCUCUCAGUCCCCCAAAUUCUCUCGCUGUCCCAACUCCCCCACUGGCUCCAUCAAGUCUCAACAAUAUUUCCCCACGUGGGACGAGGACUUUAGACCGGCUUAUCGCUCUGACUCCACCUCUGAUUUUGGAGACCAGUUUGACAUUGGGUUCAAUCUCGACGAUGAGGACCCUGACUUCCUGUUAGACUUUAAACUGCUAGAUCUAAACAAGUGAACAUGUGACAAUGCAGUUGUGUGUAUUUGUGUAUUGCUAAUAUUGAAUUUUAACGUUGUGGAAUUUUAUUGUUUGUGUAUUUGUUUGUCAACCACUUUUUUAUAUGGAAUGAUUUGUUUACAAGCACUUAA